ACGUAGUUUUCCGGAAAGCCCCAGCCAUAGUUUCGUUUCUCCGAGCCCAGUUUUGGUUUUGGCUCUUGGGCCAGCUGCGGACGGGGCGAUGGCAGCGCUGGAGUCGGAGUCGGGCCUGUCGGGGCUGGAGGAGGAGCUCACCUGCUCCAUCUGCCUCUGCCUCUUCAGCACCCCCGUGACGGUGCCCUGCGGGCACAACUUCUGCGCCUCCUGCCUGGAGCUCACCUGGGCCGGGCUCUCGGGGGGCUUCAGCUGCCCGCAGUGCCGGGCCACCUUCGCGGGCCGCCCGCAGUUGCAGAAGAACACGGUGCUAUGCCGGGUGGUGGAGCAGCUCCAGGGCCACGCCGGGGCCAAGGAAGAGGAAGAGGGGCAGGAGGAGGGGGAGGCAGCAGGGUGCUGGGCGGGGGAGCCCCCCGUGUCCUGCGACAGCUGCCGGGAGGCGCCGGCCGUGCAGACCUGCCUGACCUGCACCGCGUCCUUCUGCGCCGAGCACCUGCGGCCGCACCGCGACAGCCCCGCCUUCCGCGACCACCAGCUCUGCCCGCCCCUGCGCGACCUGCAGCAGCGCAAGUGCCCCCAGCACAACAGGCUCUUCGAGUUCUUCUGCAGCAAGCACGGCGUCUGCAUCUGCUCCCUCUGCCUGCUCGGGCACAAGCUGUGCCCUACCAGCCCUUUGGAACAGGCAAAAGCCGCUGCGCAGUCGGUGCUGAAGAAGAAACUCGUGGAGCUGCAUAGUCAGAGUGAAAGAACUGCCUGGGCAAUGAGCACAGUGAAAACAAACCAGAACCAAUCUGCUGAGACAGCUUCAAGAAAGAAGGAAUUGGUCAGAAAUGAGUUUACAGAAAUUAAAGCUGUAAUUGAAGAAAGAGAAAAUGAGAUCAUGAAAGCAAUUACAGAGGAAGAAAAGAGAGUUUGGAAUAAGUUUGAUUAUAUUUACAGUGUUCUGGGAAAUAAGAAGAAUGAAAUUCAGUCUCUCAAAGAUCAGAUUGAGAUGGCACUGACUGAAAGUGAUGACGUUCUGUUUUUGAAGAGAGCAGCAGCACUGCAACGAACAUCAACAAAAGAGGCUUUCGUUCCUGUAGUUGAAAUGGACCAAAAUGUGAUGCAUUCCACUUACCAGUCUGCCAUUAACCUUAAAGAAAUAGUGAAAAUUUCAGUGAUUCAGAGUAGGGAGAAAAAAGAAGAAGUCAAACUUGUGAAAAUUAAGGCCCCUCCAGUGGCUCAUCCAAACAAAACCCCUGCUGGAAAAAAGCCUUAUGGACCACACUACACCCACCAAGAGAAAACCCUUCCCCAGGCUCAAACCACUUCGCAGGUGGAGACAGAUACCAAAGAGAAAAAGAAAGCUGCUAAAGUUGCACCGACCACCACACCAACCACCACAGCUGCUGCUUCUAAAGAGCUCAUUAGCAGCUUCCUGAAGAAACCCAGAGAGGAGCUCUUGCAGUAUGCUGCCAACAUCACACUGGAUUACAACACAGCUCACAACACCGUGGUUCUGUCUGAGAACUACACCAAGAUGUCCAUCUCAGACACCUCCGCAGGUCACAGGUACCACCCUCAGCGCUUCACCGAUUACCGCCAGGUGCUGGGCUUCCAGUGCUUCAAGAGAGGCAUCCACUACUGGGAGGUGGAGCUGCAGCACAACAGCUUCUGCGGCGUCGGCAUCUGCUACGGCAGCAUGGAGCGGCAGGGCCCCGAGAGCCGCCUGGGCAGGAACAGCAAGUCCUGGUGCAUCGAGUGGCUCAACUCCAAAAUAUCAUCCUGGCACAAUGACACUGAAAAGUGCUUGCCCAUCACAAAGGCUACCAAGAUUGGGGUGCUACUCCACUGCGAUGGGGGCUUUGUGAUUUUCAUGGCAGUGGGGGAGAAGCAUAACUUGAUCUAUAAAUUCAAAGCCCAGUUCACUGAAGCCUUGUACCCAGCCUUCUGGCUGUUUUCCAGUGAUGCUGCUGUCUCUCUCUGUCAAAUGAAAGCAUAAGGUCUUGUAUCUCAGUUUAGUUCACUUACAGCACAGAUAAUCUGUCUCAAAGAUUGAUUGUUUGAUACAAAAAUUAUCAUCUCUUUUAAGCAGUUUUGGAAACCUGCCAAUUCUUUGGUCUGAAUUGCUAAAGCCCUUAGAUAAUGAUUUAGCAAAAUGCUGGUGAUAGUAAAAAUGACAAUGGUUUGCAAAGAUCUUGAUUGCCCUAAAAUCAAAGUCAUUAUGCGAAUCCUUGUUAAAUGUCUUCAGUGGUGCCUGUGGCUUCUGCGGUUUGCUGUAAAGGAGCAACAGAAUUAAUGUGUUCCAUGGGUAACAAUAACCCCUUUGAGAAAGAAACAGGAAGAACUCCUUGACAAAUUCAGGCUUUGGGGGAGGUCUCACAGUUGCCUUUUUGCCCAUGCACAUACUGUUGUCCAUACAGGUGUUCUCAGUGUAUGACUCUUACCAGAUGCUACAGAAAGAGCUGGUGAAGUCCCUAAGUUCAGGUCUUAUGGCUCUGAGUUAUAAAAGCCAGUAUCACAAAGCUCAUCAGAAUGGAACUGCAGAGACUUUUAGAAUUGAUGGGAAAGAAAUGGUGUUAGAAUUACUAGGAAACAAAUUACAUCAGCCCAGACACUGGGAAUACCCAGAGAGUUGUCAGGAAGACAUCCUGCAGAGCAGUGGUGUGCAUCCUGUGAUGAAGAUUGUGGGAUGUAGCAUUCUGUCAUUGUCUGAUCUAGAACAUGCUUCACAUCUUCACACAGAAGGCUCUUCAGUAUUGGGUUUUUUUUUUGUGCUGAAGAGUUCAGGGGGUGCAUUCUUGGUCUCAGGAUCUCCUGUCAUAAAGCUUUUCCUCUUUGUGAGGUGGGAUAUUCUCUGCUGUCUAUCUUUAGCUUAAAGCAGAGUCUCCUGUCAUAAAGCUUUUCCUCUAUGAGGUGAAGUAUUCUCUGCUGGUGUAUCUUUUGUUGUUCAGGUGGUAGAAACUGGAUUUCUUGCAUGUUUUUGAGACUCCCAAUUUGAGGAGUCUCAAGACAGAGCGCAGGUACCUGGAAAAUACUGGUUCCUCUGUGCAUGAAGCCUGUGGACAGUCAGGGUGAGUCUUUUGACACAGGGAAUUAGCACAAAGGAGAAUAUAGAUCCAUUCCCCAUGGGAUGGAUUUUUAAUUCUCCUGGUGUUCUUAGGGUCGUUGUCUGUCUUCGUAAGUUCUCACCAGGUACAGAGGAAUCUGUACUUCUUACUUACAACUUUAAAACAAUCUGUAGGCAAUCAAGGUAUUUGGAUCUCAUAGUUAUUGAGCCUGUAUCUUGUUGGUGCCUCUGGACUUACUGUGUAAGCUCUUAUUUCUUGUAGGCGAUCAGAAGCUCACACGAGAACCUUCCUGGACUUGGAUUUGUAAAACUCCCCUUACAGGACUUAGUGAAAUAGAACACAAAGCCACUGCUGGCAUUUUUGCAGGGAAUUGUUAGAAGGCUUAAAAGAACCUCUGUGACUACAUGAGCCAAAGUGCUUUGGAGAGAGGCUUUCAGGAAUUCAGGCUUGGUGUCUCUAUUUUUACUUGGUUUGUAAACACUUAGUACUUUGUCAAGGAUAGCACAAGUCUGAUUUCUUCCAAUUUUUUGGUCAGAAUAGGAUGUGGAAUUGAUGGUGGAUCUAAAAGUGCCAUGGCUGUCUUUGGAGCAGUUCUACUCUCUCAAGGGUCUCCACUUUCCAAAGCACAGUCAGCACUAAAACUCCCAACCCGAGCAGAACACUUCAAAAGGUGCAGAAGGAGGAUGUGUCCUGCUGGGAGCCAACAAUGAAUGAUAAACUGGGUUUUCUGCUGUUCCAGUUUUUCAGCAGUGAAAGAUAAGGUCAGUUCUCUCUGAGAAAUCCUUUUGCUGCUUGGCUGUGCCACAGGGCUGCAGAUCCACUCAGCGGGGUGCUGAAGGAGUACUCUGUCCCCUUGGUUGUGGGCAAAAACGUGCUCCAGCAGUCUGUGCAGUGGAGAAAGUCCCCAUCCUCUGUUCCUUGCUUCUUGACUUUAAAGAGGUGUCAGUACUGUCCUCUGAGUCUAUGGGCUUCUGUGGCCAUAAUCUGGAGUGACACCCAAACAAAGUAAAGAGCAGCUUUUAUUCUGCCUUGUUGGACAAAGUGGGAUUCUUGACAUGGGACUCUGAUGUAGGACCAACCGUGUGGAACACGUGAGGUGCCCUGGACUACCAGGCAGUGAAACAAGCCUUCUGCUGGGCUCCUGAUCCUCUGUUUUGCUUUCUUUUGUGCUAUGAAUGACUAGAAAUCAUAUAAUGAAGUUCUGUUAAUUUGGAAUUCACAGAAUCACAGAGUAUUGAGUGAUUGAGUGAGUUGGAAGGGACUCACAAGGAUCACUGAGUCCAGCUCUUAAGCAAAUGGCCCGUGUAGGGAUUGAAAUAGUGACCUUGGCAUUACUAGGACCAAUCUCUGGGCUUCUGAAAAAUUUUGUUUUGUUUAGCUUCAGGUACCUUGAAUAUAUUGAAACAUUAGUGUGAUAUAACAUUAGGAAAAAUAUUAGUUACAACAUGAUAAAUGAUCAUUUAAAAACCUUUUCAACACAACUGAAGCAGUUUUACUCAGGCAGUACCUGUCAGAGCUGCACUGAUUUUAAACAAGACAUAAGACAUAUAUAGAAGCAUGUAUUUUAAUUGUAAUUCUCCUUUUAGUAUUACAAAGAAACAAUUUAGCCUAGAAAAAGAACUAAUUCUGGUGUUAAUGCCAUGAGGAUGUGAAUUGACCUACAUUUUAAUGUACAAGUGAGAGUAAAUCAAGAAACAGUUGCUGAAUGAACAUAAAUGAAUGUUUAAUAUUUUCUUCAAUGAAAGACAUCAGUAAAACAGUGUAUUUAGAAAAAGAAAUGCUUAUGUAGUUACAAGCCUGUUGAUUGUACUGAUAUAUCAGCCCUGUACUUCAGUCUGUAUAAGGUGUGUUAUUAUUUGUAGCUGUGCCAGCCAGACACAGGCAGGGCCAUCACAUGGAUUUUGUGCCAUCUGGUCCAUGUGCCUGUAACCACUCCAGGAGCUGGCUGGUGAGUGGUGAUGGUUUGAAUUCAAUAAAUAUUCACAGUAAACCCUA